UCCAUCUAUCUGUCGACACUGUUUAUUGACAUUGCCAUCAUAACAAACCCAAAAUUGUCAAUUGUGGGCGUGUCGUGCUUCCCCAUUGCUCAGAACUCCUGGAACGUCUCCGAAAAUUCCAAUUUUUCAGUAUGGUUAAAGCCAACCUCCCAACCACCACGUCCCCCGCCUCCGAGAACAAUGUCAAGAAAAGAGGUGAGGGCGGGCCGGACACGCCCACCGAGGGAUGUGCCGCACCUCUGACGCACGAUGACGAGUCCGAAAUUGCCAUCGGCGAUAAUUUAAACGUCAAACGCACCGAUGGGACUUGGCACAUGGCGGAAGUGGUUCACGAGCGCUUUAACAGCCACAGCCAAACGCACGAGUACUACGUCCACUACGACGGGUUUAAUCGCCGCUUGGAUGAAUGGGUCACCCGGGCUCGAAUCCGGGUGGCCGAUGAGAACGAUCCCGGGGCCUCGGAGAAAGGUGGCUCCGGACCGGCCCAUCCGGAAGCCACCGAGGGCGAGGGCGGGCAAGAACGCAAGAUCACGCGCAAUCAGAAGCGCAAGCACGAUGAGAUCAAUCACGUUCAAAAAACCCUGGCCGAAAUGGACCCAGCUACGGCCGCUCUGGAGAAGGAGCACGAACAGCUCACUAAGGUCAAGUACAUCGAUCGAAUCCAGAUCGGCAAAUACGAGAUCGACACGUGGUAUUUUAGCCCGUAUCCCGAGGAAUACGGCAAACAGCCCAAGCUCUAUAUCUGUCAGUACUGCCUCAAGUACAUGAGACUGGAGAAGACCUAUAAGUACCACAUCUCCCAAUGUACUGCCCAUCAGCCCCCUGGCAAGGAGAUCUACCGUAAGGGCACCCUAUCCAUCUAUGAAGUCGAUGGCAGAGACUUCAAGUUGUAUUGCCAAUGCCUAUGUCUUCUCGCCAAGCUGUUUCUCGACCACAAGACCCUCUAUUUCGACGUGGAACCCUUCUUGUUUUACAUUUUGUGCGAGGUGGACCGCCAAGGAGCUAAUAUCGUUGGGUACUUUUCAAAGGAAAAGGAAUCUCCAGAUGGGAAUAAUGUGGCAUGUAUCCUCACCCUGCCUCCAUACCAGCGUAAAGGCUAUGGGAAGCUCCUUAUUGCCUUCAGCUACGAGUUAUCCAAAUUGGAAAAGGUUACUGGGAGCCCAGAGAAGCCUCUAUCGGACCUGGGCAAACUCAGCUAUCGCUCGUAUUGGUCCUGGAUUCUCUUGGAAAUUCUCAGAGAUUUUCGUGGGACUGUGGGUAUUAAGGAUCUUAGUUCUUUGACCUCCAUCACCCAAAACGACAUCAUCAAUACCCUUCAAUCACUAAACUUGGUCAAAUAUUGGAAGGGACAACACGUGAUCUGUGUCACGCCCAAAUUGGUUGAGGAACAUCUCAAAUCUGCCGAGUAUAAACGACCGGCACUCACUGUGGACCAAAAUUGUCUCCGGUGGCAACCCCCGCGGAAAAAUCCGGCGAAAAUUAAGAAACCAUGAAAAUGUAUGUUUACGCAAAAAAAAGGAAAUGAUUCGUUUUAAAGAA